AUGCCCGCCCAGAACCCCACCGGAUUCGACAUCAAGGAAUUCAAGGCCGCGGCAUCGCCUCGGUCGGUGUAUGCCAAGAGAGACCCUUGGGCUCGAUAUGAGACUUGGAGAUACACCGGUCCUUUCAGCCGCGCCAACCGCUUCAAGCGUAUUUUCCCCGGCUUCGGUAUUGCCAGCGUUGCAUUCGCCGGUUACUGCGCAUAUGAGCAUUUCUUCCUCAAGGACGACCACCAUCAUGGCGAGGCCCAUCACUAA